CUAAGUUCCUCAUUCUGGUGGCUGAAUGUAACAGUCCAUGUCGCCUGGCAGACACACAGCCACACACUCCACCAGCCUGUCAGUCAAUCUGAUGAAAAACACACAGAAGAAAUUCUGAGGACUGAAAGACUUCUUAAAUUGGAUGAAUUGUUUCGUGAACCAGGGAUACACAGUAAGAGAGGCAAUAUGGGCUGUAUGGAGUCCACGCUAAGUCCGAAUAGGAAGAUCCCUGAUCAGCCUGUACGUACUGACAAUACACACUAUGUCAGAGACCCCACCUCCAGUACAGAUAAAAACAUAGACCUGUUACCUGGGCAGGUGUUACAACAGUUGGAAGAAAACAAGGAGGUUUGUCAAAUUGUGAUUGGCCUUUACCCAUAUGAAGCUACACAUCCCGACGACUUAGGAUUCAAGAAAGGAGAAAAGAUGAAAGUCUUGGAGGCACAUGGGGAUUGGUGGAAAGCAGUGUCAAUGGUAACCAACAAAGCAGGAUUCAUCCCGGGCAAUUAUGUGGCCCAAGCUGACACCAUAGAAACAAAAGAGUGGUUUUUCAAGGACAUCACAAGAAAGGAUGCAGAGAGGCAGCUGUUGGCACCUGCAAACAAACCAGGCUCUUAUCUCAUCAGGGAAAGUGAAACACAAAAAGGAAGUUACUCAUUGUCCAUCAGAGACUUUGAUGCCAAAGGGACAGAAUCAGUCAAACAUUAUAAGAUUAGGAUGCUGGAUAACGGCGGUUACUACAUCUCUCCUAAAAUCUCCUUCAGUGACAUCGGUGCAAUGAUCAAACACUACCAUAACAAAGCGGAUGGCCUGUGUCGUAAACUGGACCGUGCAUGUGUGAAACCCAAAGCUCAGAAACCUUGGGAUAAAGAUGCCUGGGAGAUUUCUAAAGAUUCUAUUAGGAUGAUAAAAAAACUGGGAGCAGGACAGUUUGGAGAAGUCUGGAUGGCUUGCUACAACAACUUAACAACUGUGGCGGUGAAGACCCUGAAGCCAGGCACCAUGACGGUCGAAGCCUUCUUGGAAGAAGCCAAUAUCAUGAAGACACUGCAGCACAACAGGCUGGUGCGGCUUUAUGCUGUUGUCACUAAGAUACAACCCAUCUUAAUCAUCACAGAAUUCCUGGCAAAUGGGAGCCUACUAGACUUCUUAAAGAGUGACGAAGGAUGCAAACUGAAUUUACCCAAGCUCAUUGAUUUCUCAGCGCAGAUUGCAGAGGGCAUGGCGUAUAUAGAGGUGAAGAAAUAUAUCCACAGAGAUCUGAGAGCGGCUAAUGUCCUGGUGUCAGAGAGUCUGCUCUGCAAAAUCGCUGACUUUGGACUGGCAAGAGUCAUAGAGGAUGACGAAUACUCUGCCAGAGAGGGAGCCAAAUUCCCCAUUAAGUGGACGGCUCCAGAGGCUAUCAACUACGGAUCCUUCACCAUCAAGUCUGACAUGUGGUCCUUUGGAGUUCUGCUCUAUGAGAUUAUAACCUACGGGAAAAUCCCAUACCCAGGUAUGACCAAAGGAGAGGUGAUGUCUUCAGUGCAGCGUGGCUACAGGAUGCCUCAACCUGACAACUGUCCCGAGGAGCUCUACGCCAUCAUGAUGUCCUGCUGGAAGCACAAACCUGAAGACAGACCCACAUUUGAGUACUUGCAGAGUGUCCUGGGCGACUUCUACACUGCCACAGAGGAACAAUACCAGCAACAACCAUAGAGAGGGACACCCCAGACAUUACACUCCAGAUUAUAAUUGGGGCUGUUUUCAUUGUUGUAAUACUUUGUAUAUACUGGACUAAAGCCCUCAUGAUCUUGAUAUUGUCUCCUGUACAUACAUGUUUACAAUGCAUUUCCUAAAUUGCUGUAAAGAGCAUUCCCCUGAAUUUACUGUACUGUACAACUCAAAGUUCUUUGUGCAUAUUCGAGUACCAGAUCAUCUCAAUGUCAAUGUAUCUUUGAAAGGGAUUGAACAAACAGGGGACAUUAUACAAAAGAGUUUGCAAUGCUAGGACACAAGGUUGUUAUUGCUGUCCAAAAAGCUGCCUAAAAGAGAAUGGUUGUGUAAAUAAUGUGCCAAAAAUUGAAAAAGGGGCAUGCUGCAUUUAGGAUUAGCUUUUUAACUUUUCAUUUUAUAGUGUUAUAUUGAAAUUGACUUAUUAUUUAAUAAGCUGCUCUAACAAGAAAUCUUCAAUCUCUAACAAAAUAUUCUUAAAUAUGUUUUUUUUUUUGGUAUUUCUGUUUGUUUUUUCUCUUCCUUAAAUAUCCUUGCAUUGAUCAUCUUUAAUCCCACUUCAUAUUGAAGUUCUGUAGAUUAUAUAUUUUUUGUUUCUGUGGUGUGAAUAUUAUCUGUAUUAUUUCAAAUGUAUAUACAGCUCCUGAAACAAUUAAGAGACCACCAGUUUUUCUUAAAUCUCAUCUCUAUAUGUGUGGUAGCCAUUCCAGUCUCUGUUGAAUUCCAACAGAGAAAUGUUGUCAGUAGUUUAUAGAAUAUCAAUCAAUCAAUCAAUCCAUUUUUAUCUAAAGUGCAGAAUCACAAUGAAGCAUGGUCCCAAUACACUUUACAGUUAAAAAGGAAAACAUACAGCAAUCAAUUUACAAUAAUUAAAAUUAAAAGAGAAACAACCACAUUACAAAAACAUAAAUGCUAAAAGGUGAUAAGCCCGGCUAAAUUUUAGGGAAGGCAGUAAUGUAAUGAAUAAAGGUUAGGUCUUUAAAGGUUCAAAGAUUUCAACCGACCGUGCUUCUUUAUACAAUAAAAAAAACCUGAGGAACUGAUAAUGCUGCAGUGGUCUCUUAAUUCUUUCCGGAGCUAUAUGUAAGGGGGCUCUCAUAUAAUAAAAUUAGUAAUCUGGCUUUGAA